CGCGCGGGCUCCUCCGUAUCUGUAGUUUGGUAUGCUUCAAGUCUUCUCGGGGCUGGUUGUCGACAGUAUCGUCUUCAAGGGAGCAUCAAUCACUCGCAGAACAUUCGCCAGUCAGCUCAAGCUCGUCCGGACAACUCCGCGCAAACAUACCGACGCUCGUUGCGCACUAACAGCACUGAAGAAGAUGCAGAAAGAAGCGAAGUCCGACGCGGCCAUACUGCAGUUUGCAGAAAAGACGGGAGAGUUCAAGCGGAAACCGUCCUCUUUCCGUAACUGGGUCACGGCAGACGGGAGCAGCGGGUUCAAAGCGGAGUCCGGGCGCUACCAUCUCUACGUCUCGUACGCGUGUCCCUGGGCGCACCGCACGCUUAUCGGGCGCAAGCUGAAAGGUCUGGAAGACGCCAUAUCCUUCGACGUGGUGGACUACUACAUGGGCGAGAAGGGGUGGCGUUUCAACCCCGACGUCCCCGGAGCUACUCCGGACUCCGUGAACGGAUUCAGCUACAUGCGCGAGCUGUACUUCAAAAUGAAUCCUGAAUACGGCGGCCGAUUCACCGUCCCUGUGCUGUACGACAAGGUGCAGAAGACAAUAGUCAACAACGAGUCGUCGGAGAUUCUCCGCAUGCUCAAUGCGGAGUUCAACGCUUUCUGCAAGUCUCCAGAGCAGGCGGCCAUUGAUCUGUACCCGGAGCCGCUCAGAGCUGAGGUGGACGCCCUCAACGAGUGGAUAUACCCGAGUAUCAACAAUGGAGUGUACAGAGCUGGGUUUGCCACGAAGCAGGAGCCGUACGACGUGGCAGUGAGAGAGUUGUUUGCAGCUCUGGACCGCGUGGAGGCCAUCCUGGCAGGCAAGCGCUACCUCGCAGGAGACCAGCUCACUGAGGCUGACGUACGACUCUACACAACUCUCGUCCGCUUUGACAAGGUCUACGUCGGCCACUUCAAAUGUAACAAGAAGCGGGUGAUUGACUACCCUAACAUCUGGGGAUACAUGAGAGAUCUCUACCAGACCCCAGGCUUUGGGGAGACCACCAAUUUCCUCCAUAUUGAGCACCAUUACCAGGGGAGUCACACAAGUAUCAAUCCUCACGGAAUUGUCGCCAUUGGUCCUGACAUUGACUUCACCACUCCACAUGACCGGGACACCAGAUUCAGCUCCUAGCACAAAUAGCUAGUCCUCUAGUCCAGUCACCAGACACAGUAAUCGAAACACUACUUUAGAUCAUCGUCUCUGAUGAAUUUUGUAGGUUGUAUAAUGACGUGACAACAUUAUAUAUAUUGUUA